AUUCAUGAGUUCUUCUUCCGGUUCGUGUCGAAUCUGCUUACCGGAUUCGGUUAAAGUAAAUCCGGUGCUGUGAUGUAAACUGACCGGCGUGUGACCGCGGAGCUCCGGUGCGUGUUUGUACCUGAACAGCAGGACGUCGGCCAUGUUGGCGCUGCGCUGCAUUCUGGGAGAUCUGCGAGGACGACUCCUGAGGACGUUUGUGUCGUCAUCGUCUCUGAGCUCGGCGGUCCGUCCAACCCGGCGGGAUGUUGGUCCUCAGCAGGUCCGCUUCAGGUCUCAGGGUCGGGAUUCAGCGUCGGCGGCUAAACUGAAGCUUCGGACUCGGCUGCUCAUCAUGCUGCUGUUCGGUGGCGGCAUCAUGGCUGCCUGGCGGUACGUGAGCUGGGAGAAGCAGCAGAAGUUGCGGCGGCAGCGUGUGGAGCAGCUGCGACAGGUGGCGCUAGGCCAGGGCACCUUCAGCCUGCUGGACCACCAUGGCCGGCGCCGGACCAAGCAGGACUUCCUGGGCAGCUGGGUUCUGCUGUACUUCGGCUUCACCCACUGCCCAGACAUCUGCCCAGACGAGCUGGACAAGCUCAGCGCCGUGGUGGCAUCUCUGGACCAGGACAAGUCGCUGCCGCCGGUCCAGCCGCUCUUCAUCACCGUGGACCCAGAGCGGGACGACGUGGCAGCGCUGGCCCGGUACGUGCAGGACUUCCACCCCCGGAUGAUCGGACUGACGGGUACACUGGAGGAGGUGAAACAUGCGGGGCGGGACUACAGAGUGUACGCCAGCGCUGGGCCCAAGGACGAGGACGGAGACUACAUCGUGGAUCACACGAUUCUGAUCUACUUGAUCAGUCCGGACGGGCUGUUCGUGGACUAUUACAACCGCAUGAAGAACCAGGAGCAGAUCGCAGAGAGCGUCAAGAACCGCAUCAACGGCUAUGUCAAGAUCUGAAACUGGAGAACCACCGGGAACAACAUCGACAGCUAGAACAGGAUCCAAAACCAGAGAACUUCAUCAUGAUGCUGCCACGACCGUGCUUCAUCGUGAUGCUGCGUUUGCGGUCCACUAAACAUGAAAAACUGGAUUGCAAAUUAAGGAAAAACUUACUUUCAUUGAACUUUCAAAUAAAACUAAGAAAAUUAUAUUUCUUAAAACGGAUACCUCUUGUUUCUGUAUAAGUUCAUGUCUGUUUAGGGAACGUCAGGAACCACAUCAGCAGCUCCGUCCGGACCUACAACCAGAGACCUACAUGUUCUCCUCAGCUUUGAGAAAACAAACCUGCUAUUGCCGUUGAAAGACAGAUUUAAAGUGUCUUUUAAGUUAUUUUUGAGCAAAAACGUUAAAAUGAAUCCGUCAGUCUCAGUGUGAAGGAGUUCAGAUGAACAGUUGGUUGAAGAAGGUGAGAGAGCAGCAGCUCUGGAGGUCUUUUCUGAACAGCAGAAAAUCAGUGUCUGAGAAGAGCAAAAAAAUAACGGCAAAAAUGUCCUCAUGAUUUACUAGGGUGUAAAAUCUAGUAAAAAAAAAAUGCAACCAAGUGAUGAACUUUACAUCAUAAUGUGAUAUAAAAAGAUGAAAUGUAAAGUUUUCAAAGGAGGAACAGAAGCUUUGCCUCGAACUCUGAUGACGUCUCUGUUUGACUCUUUUUACUCCAAUAAAUUGUAAAUUUGUUGUAAAAUUGUUUUGAAAAUCGACUUUUUCCUUUAUUCAUAUUAAAAUUCAUAUUAAAAUCUGAGUCUGAACAAUAUUUAUAGGAACUAUUGAAGACAAAAACCUGAAACUUAAAAUUUUUCCUGUAGAUCAAAUAAUUACUGAUUAUGGGUGAAAUAAAAUGUGAAAAAGUCAUGAUGUCAUGAUGCUGCCACCACCAUGCUUCGCAUCAUGAUGCUGCCACCACCAUGCUUCACAUCAUGAUGCUUCAUAUGAGAAAAAAGUUAUUUCCAUCGAACUUCCGUAGUUUCAAAAUGGUUUUCCAAAGAUAUCUAAGGAAGUAUGGCAACUUUAAACCUCCUGUUUCCAUAAAAGUGUGUCUGUUCAGAUAUUUAUUUUUUCAAAGUACUUUGUUGAAAAAAGAAAAUCAUUUCUACUCACCAUCUCCGACCUUACCUGUUAAAUUAAAUCAGAAUUGUGAGAAACUGAAUAAAUACAAGAUAACGAUGCA